GCCGCACCACUUCCGGCAGGCGCUGCGCUGCUGGGGGGCGCGGGUGAGGAUGGCGGCGGAGAACGAUGCCAGUCAGGAGAGCGCCCUGGGCGCCUACUCGCCCGUGGACUAUAUGAGCAUCACCAGCUUCCCGCGGCUGCCGGAGGACGAGCCGGCGCCCGCGGCCCCUCUGAGGGGCCGCAAGGACGAGGAUGCCUUCUUGGGAGACCCCGAUACAGACCCGGACUCCUUCCUGAAGUCAGCACGUCUGCAGCGGCUGCCGUCGUCAUCAUCAGAGAUGGGCAGCCAGGAUGGGUCGCCUUUGCGGGAGACGCGCAAGGACCCGUUCUCUGCGGCCGCAGCCGAAUGCUCCUGCCGCCAGGACGGGCUCACAGUCAUUGUCACAGCCUGCCUCACCUUUGCCACGGGUGUCACUGUGGCGCUCAUCAUGCAGAUCUAUUUCGGAGACCCUCAGAUCUUCCACCAGGGUGCCGUGGUGACUGAUGCCGCCCAUUGUACAUCACUGGGCAUAGAGGUGCUCAAUAAACAGGGAUCUUCCGUGGAUGCUGCUGUGGCAGCAGCCCUGUGUUUGGGGAUCGUGGCUCCGCACAGUUCUGGCCUAGGCGGUGGGGGUGUGAUGCUGGUACAUGACAUCCGACGAAAUGAGAGCCACCUAAUUGAUUUCCGGGAGUCUGCACCAGGAGUCCUCAGGGAAGAGGCCCUGCAGAGAUCCUGGGAGACCAAGGUGGGGACUCUGCCUGGGCUCUUGGUGGGGGUCCCCGGAAUGGUGAAGGGGCUACAUGAAGCUCACCAGCUCUAUGGCAGAUUGCCAUGGUCCCAAGUCCUGGCCUUCGCAGCAGCUGUGGCCCAAGAUGGCUUCAACGUGACCCAUGAUCUAGCCCAUGCCCUGGCUGAACAGCCUCCACCCAAUGCGUCUGAGCGCUUCCGUGAAACGUUCUUACCAUCUGGUCACCCACCGCUACCUGGUUCUCUGAUGCAUCGGCCUGACCUGGCUGCUGUGUUGGAUGCACUCGGCACUUACGGCCCCUCUGCCUUCUAUGCUGGUGGCAACCUCACGCUGGAGAUGGUGGCAGAGGCUCAGCACGCAGGGGGUGUCAUAACUGAGGAAGACUUCAGCAACUACAGUGCUCUCGUGGAGAAGCCUGUGUGUGGCGUAUACAGAGGCCACCUGGUUCUCAGUCCCCCACCCCCGCAUACAGGCCCUGCCCUCAUCAGUGCUCUCAACAUCCUGGAGGGCUUCAAUCUCACCAGCCUGGUAUCCCGGGAACAGGCUCUUCACUGGGUGGCAGAGACUCUGAAGAUCGCGUUAGCCCUGGCCAGCAGACUGGGAGACCCUGUCUAUGAUUCUACCAUCACUGAGAGCAUGGAUGACAUGCUCAGCAAGGUGGAGGCUGCCUACUUCCGGGGCCACAUCAAUGACUCCCAGGCGGCCCCUGCCCCACUCCUGCCUGUUUAUGAGCUGGACGGGGCUCCCACAGCUGCCCAGGUGCUCAUCAUGGGCCCUGACGACUUCAUUGUGGCCAUGGUCAGCUCCCUGAACCGGCCCUUUGGCAGUGGCCUCAUCACCCCGUCGGGGAUCCUGCUCAACAGCCAGAUGCUGGAUUUUUCCUGGCCCAAUAGGACUGCUAACCAUUCUGCACCUAGCCUGGAGAAUUCGGUACUGCCGGGGAAGCGGCCACUGUCUUUCCUGCUGCCCACUGUGGUCCGGCCAGCAGAAGGACUCUGCGGAACCUACCUCGCUCUGGGAGCCAAUGGAGCUGCCCGGGGCCUCAGCGGCCUGACCCAGGUUCUGCUAAAUGUCCUGACCUUGAACCGGAACCUGAGUGACAGCCUGGCCCGUGGUCGUCUUCACCCAGACCUGCAGUCCAACCUCCUGCAGGUGGACAAACUACCCUCCAGUAAUCCCAUUUGAGGAAAUAGGCCCACAUCUUUGUUGAAGAGCAGUGGGAGGUGAGAAUACAGGGCUUAUCAUGGAGGUCCAUGUUAAGAAGCAUGGUCUUUAUCCAGUUGAGUAAGGGGAGGGAUGUGACCUGAUUUGUUUAAUGUAGGGGAGGUAGAUUGAAGGGAGAAGAACUUAAGUCGGGGAAAUACAAGAAGCGCUAGGAUAACGGCCCAGCAAGAGAUGAUGAAGAAAGACCUGAACUUAAUGCAAGAGGAUGGGAAUUUGUUCAUUUAUCCAAUAAAUACUUGCUUAACAUUUACUAUGUUCUUACCCUGUUCUAGGCACUGGAGAUCAAUAGUGAACAAAACAUCCCUGCCUUCAAAAAUCUUAUCUAGUGCAGGGAGACACAGUAAAUAAAUAAAUCCAGGUAGCAUUAAGUGCUUUGAAAUAAAACAAAGCAAGGCGAAGAGAACAGGGGCUGCUGUUUUAGAUAGUGAUCAGGGAAGUUCUUGAACACUGGAAUGAAGUAAGAGAGCCAGUUUUAUGACCCCCGAGGAGGAGAGCAUUCCAGGCAGAGAGAACGGCAAAUGCAUAGGCCCUGAGAUAGGAGUAUGUUUGGCCUCUUUGAGGGACAGCAAGGAGGCUAGAGCAGAGUGAACAAAGGGAGAGAGUGGAAGGAAGUGAGGAGAGGAGUUUAAAGAGGUAGUGAGGUCCCAGAUGAUGUUGGGCCUUAGAGGCCGUGGUAAGGACUUUGGAUUUUAUUUUGAGUCAUCAAAGCUGUUAGAGGGUUUUGAGUGAGGAAAGCGACAUGGUCUAAUGGUUUAAAAAGAUCUCUAUGACUGCUGUGUGGAAGGCAGGACUGGAAGCAAAAAGACCAGUUAGUGGGCUAUGCAGUAAUCCUGGCAAGUAAUGAUGGCAGCUUGGCCUAGGCAGGUGGAGAUUAAGACUCCAAACCCCUUUUUCCAAUAUUAAGAAUGACUGUAUAUUAUUGAUCACUUACUGUAUGCAAAACUUUGA